GAAUGGGCUAAAGUUAAAAAGGACACUGAAACUGACACCUUCUGGUGUGACAGCCAGGAGCAAGGGAGUCAGGAUACAUACAGGGAGAGAGAGGCAGGGUUAUUAUUGCAUCUAUUCAAAGAGCACACGAGAGAGUCAGGUAAAGAAGGGGAUUUAUUAACCCACUCAACAAAAAGUCACAGAAACAGGAGGAUUCCUUGCUGCACCUGCUGCUCUCUUAUGGGAGAAUAAAUUCGGGAAGUACAGUGUACAAGAGCAGCCCCUUGCCCUGCCGCCUGACAAAAAGUGCAAGAGUGGAGCUGGCUUUGCACGGACCUGUGACCAGAAGUCUUCCAUGUAUUCUCUGAGUACUUGUUCCUAAUUUCUGUCCUUCUCAUUGGGAAACAUUCACACUCCUUUUGUGUAAACUGACAUCCCAGGCACACAGGAAUCAAGCCAUGAAGCAUUUUACCUCCAUUUUAUUAUGUCUAUGGAUUGCUGUCGGAGCAACAGAGGCUGCCAAAAUACUUAUUGUGCCGCCAAUAAUGUUUGAAAGCCAUUUGUAUAUAUUUAAAACCCUUGCCUCAGCACUGCAUGAGCAAGGACAUCAAACAGUUUUGCUUGUUUCUGAAGGAAGAGACAUUCCACAAUCCAGUCAUUAUCAAUUUCAGCGUUACCCAGGAAUUUUUAACAGCAGCACAUCGGAUAACUUCCUGCAGUCCAAAAUGAUGAAUAUCUUCUCUGGGAGGUUUACAGCACUGGAACUCUUUGAUAUUCUUGACCACUACUCCAUAAACUGUGAUGUCAUGGUGGGUAACCAGGGCCUCAUGCAGCGCCUGAAGCAAGAAAAAUUUGAUUUGCUCUUGGUUGAUCCUAAUGAGAUGUGUGGAUUUGUAAUAGCCAAUAUAUUGGAUGUUAAGUAUGCUGUUUUUUCUACUGGCCUUUGGUAUCCUGCUGAAGUUGGUGCUCCUGCUCCAUUAGCAUAUGUUCCUGAAUUUAACACAAUGUUAACAGACCGCAUGAACCUGCUGGACAGGAUUAAAAAUACAUUUGUUUACCUAAUUUCCCGAUUUGGGGUAAAUUUUUUAGUGCUGCCGAAAUAUGAUAGGAUAAUGAAGAAAAAUAAAAUUUUUUCAACAAGGUCCAUGUAUGAAUUAGUUCAAGGAUCUUCUCUGUGGAUGCUUUGCACAGAUAUAGCAUUGGAAUUUCCUAGACCUACACUUCCGAAUGUUGUCUAUGUUGGAGGAAUUCUGACUAAACCAGUCAGCCCCUUGCCUGAGGAGCUUCAAACAUGGGUGGACAAUGUUGAUGAGAAUGGUUUUGUUCUGGUUUCUUUUGGAGCUGGAGUCAAAUAUUUGUCUGAAGACAUUGGACAUAAACUGGCUGGGGCACUUGCAAGAUUACCUCAGAAAGUGAUUUGGCGGUUUUCUGGAAACAAACCAAGAAAUGUAGGAAACAACACCAAACUCGUUGAAUGGAUACCUCAAAAUGAUUUACUUGGUCACCCCAAAAUUAAAACUUUCCUCAGUCAUGGUGGGUUAAAUGGCAUUUUUGAAGCUAUGUACCAUGGAGUGCCUGUAGUGGGCAUCCCACUGUUUGGUGACCAUUAUGAUACCAUGACGCGGGUACAAUCCAAAGGCAUGGGAAUACUUCUCGAGUGGAAAAGAAUGACAGAGGAUUCCCUGUUUGCAUCGCUAACUGAAGUCAUUCAUAAUCAAAGUUACCAACAACAGGCAGUCAAACUGUCUAAAAUUCACAAAGACCAGCCAGGUCAUCCAGUGAGCAGGGCAGUAUAUUGGAUCAAUUAUGUACUUCGUCACAACGGAGCUGAUCAUCUGCGUGCUGCAACUUACAACAUCUCUUUCUAUCAGUACUUUUUACUAGAUAUUAUAUUACUUAUAUUUAUUGUUGUUACUAUAGCCUGGUACUGCAUUUCAGUGUUAGCAAAAAACAUGCGGAAAAACACAAGGAGCAAGGAACACAUCAGCCUCAAUGGGUACUGCCAAAAUGGCACAGCCAAUGGCAAAUAUAGAAAAAAUGGGCACAUAAAACAUGAAAAGAAGGUGAAAUGAGUACAGAGAGAGAAUUGAGUUAAAAUAUGAGGUUGAAAUAAUGCAAUUCUAAUAGUUCAUUUUAAUAAUUUUGCAAAUGCUGGAGAAGUCUUGUUUGCAUUCUUGGAAGUGAUCAAGUCCGCAGGCAUCAGUUAUGAGGAUACUGUUUUGCUACACCUUCCAAGCAAACUUUUUUUCCAAUGUGGCUCCUUCUGACCUCAGAAAUCCAAGCCAAUGUACGUUAGACUCUCCUUACACGGAAAAGCUUCAAGUGGCAUCUCUAAACACUCCCUCACUACUACAUGCACAUAAUACCAUUUUACCUAAACUAGGAAAACAAUGAAUUUGAUUUAUUCUACUGCCAUUUGUGUAACAGAAAUAUGUUGUUGCUCCAAAAACGAACCAAACGCGAACAUAAUUUUGUGGCAGUGUAUAUCAUUUCUUGUGUUUCACAUGUAUCUCUUGUGUACACUCUUUAUAAAAACAGAAAUGUAAUUUAUUAUAUAUCAAUUAUUUUCUUUUUACUUAAUAUUUUCCCAGGCAGCCCCUUAACUUAAACGGUAGAUCCGAAAUAUUGUCUGAUAGUAUUUUUCUAAAUGAAUGAUAUUUACAUUUUUCACUAAGGUUUUUCCUGUUUUCUGGAAAUAGGAUAUCAUUUUAAUAUUAAGCUUUUCAAUGUAAAUUAUUAGAAAUGUAUUCAUUUAAAGAAAUGCAUUUAGUAUUUAGCUUUAGCACAAUGAUUCAUUGUGACAUCAGGUGCUGUUCCAUUUGGAAACAUUUGUGCAGGAUACUUUCAGGAGAACACAAUCCAUCAGUUAUUUGGUGUUACAACCUUAUUUUUCCUAAAAGGUUUUAUUUUUCACAUGUUAAAUAUCUUAGUAUUGUUCAUAGCUUUAAUUAAAAAGGUGAAGCGAGAAAAUUUUGUUCCGUAAUCCAUUGUACAAUAGGGGGCAGAUUUAUUAAGGUUCGAAUUGGAAAUUAGAAUUUGAAUUUUUGAGUUGGAUUUCUGGUCAAAACUCACAAAUUCAAACUAGGAAUAAUACAAAUUCAAAUUCAAGAUUUAUCAUACCUGGACCCUGGGAACAAUUCGAAUUGACUAUUCGCCACCUAAAACCUGCCAAGUUCAUGCAAAAGUCAAUGGGAGAGGUCCAGUGACGCAUUUGAA